GUAACCAGGAAGUAGCUGCUGUUUCUCUACAAGGACAUGUGCAAACAUUAAUGUUGUUUAAACAGCUUUGACUUUGUUCAUUAACUCGUAAACUCUCAUUCUGUUGUUUUUCUCUACUGCCAAUCUGAAGAUGCCUCCCAAACCUCUGGAGCCUCUGGCCAAGAAACUCAUGAAGGGAGUGAUCGCUCUGGAGCUGCUGGGCGUCUUCGGGGCGUACGGGCUGUUUCACAAGAUGAACAACAGUCAAGAUUUCAGGAACACCAUGAACAGGAGGUUUCCAUCAGUUCUAGAAGUUUACUACCAGUCCAAUGAGUGGGCAGGGGUCUACGGAAUCCGAGAGAAAGACCAUGAAGCGUGGUCGGUCAAACAGGAAUGAAGGUGUC